AUGAACAGUUCAAGUUUCUCCUCGCUGAAAUCUGUGGAGGCCCUCGUGUUGUGUUCGAUGAGGUGCUCGCAGACGGCCAGCUGUGUUGCUUACAACUUUUUCACUGGCUCCAACCAAUGCCAACUUUUUAAUCAAACAUUAAAAAAAUUCUCUCUUGUGCUCAUUGAAUUUUACAUCAACGGCAACAACAUAUCAGUCCCUUUAUACUUUCCAAAUGCAAUUUAUUGGGAUAAACCUGACACAUACAAACUCCCUGAUCAGCUCUACGUGGUUGCAGUGUUCUCUCGUAAUACGGAUGGUAUUGGAGGCAUGAAAGCCGAAACAGCAGAUGACUACAUCUUCACCAACAGCACAUGGAAAUGUACCAACAACUUCUACAAUGGCUGGUACGAUGUCGGUUAUAAUGAUUCAUCAUGGCCUGCUGCAGUAAUUGGAAGGCUACAAAGUGCCAAUACAUUCUCCUUAAUUCCAAAUGGAGUAGCUAAUUGGAUUUUUGGGCCGAUUGAUUGCCAGGAUUGCCUGAUAGAUUUCUACUGCAGAAAAAAUUUUCUGGCGUUUCAGAUAUUUCAGGAUUUGGCCAAAAUUUUCGGUUUCGAAAUUUCGAUAUAUGGGAAGAGGAAUGAUGAAAGGUCAUCUCUUUAG